GGAUGGCUUAACUUUUCUCAAUUACAAUCACCAGGGCACUUUGGCAAUGGAUGUCGCAGAGAACGAUAACAUUUGCUUCGAUCCAUUUCUUCUACCAUUUUUGAAAUGGAAAGAUGCAAUUAAGGUCACAGUUCACGUGGUGAAUGAGGAAAUAUUGAAAGCUGAAAAUGUGGGAAGUCCAUUUUCUUUGACCGGACACCGAUGCCUUGAACUUCUGACCAACUGGCAAACCGGUCGCAAAUUCACAUCUAAAGAAAGCGUAAAAAUUCCAGUAUUGGAAAACGGUGCAGAUGACUCUCUUGCUCAAAAAGUUUUGUUGGAAUGUGGUUCAAAAGAACCAAAUUGCCCAGCGUUCAUAGUCAAAGGCAGGGGUCUAUUUGUUUGGGGUGACACCGUCCAAAACACUGUGGAUGCUUGUGAUGCCAUUGUGAUGAUGAUCGGUGUCAUUCUGGAUCAACGCCGCCAACCAAACUGAUGUGCGGACACAGACUGAUGCCAAUCGAUUGCGACCAAAAGUAUUCAUAUGUUUUUUCUCAACAAAAAGUGCAUUCCAUUUACAAAUGCUAUUAUUUUUCGAAUAAAUUUAUAAGCAUUCA